AGACGAAAAACCUUCCAAAAAUGUUAAGUCAAACAUAAAAAUUUAGGCUCGGCCAAUUAUCUCCUCAUUUACAUUUAAAAAACGACUCUUGCCAUUGGCUAUAGGACAAGUUUUACAGUUUUUGUUAAUUUUUGUAUUUUUUUUUCUCUGUCACGGCCAUUCAGCGACCUGGAAAUCAAAAUGGCGUACGUCAUUUCUCCCUCCAGAAAUUUCUCAUUUCUCACCACAUUCACCCGAAUGUGACGACUGACAAUAGCUUAAUAGUCUUUAGCAGACUGGAGUCGAUAGAAUAAAUCAUUAAUUGUUAGAAGCGAAAAAAAAUAGAGAAUGAGAAUUAUAUUGUGUACAAAGUAGUGUCAAAAGAAUUCUAAAUUAUCAAAUGGCCUUAAUUCUUCCAUUUUUUCACAACAGAAAAACGUAUUUUUAUAGUAUACAAAAUUUUUAUCAAAAGGAAAUGAAAUAAGUCGCGACAAGUGCCAGUUUCAUUCAAUGCCACGGAAGUUUUUAAGAAAAAAAACUUGAAUUCUUCUGUAAACAAAUCUAUUUUUACCAUAGAGAAAAAAAUACACUAGUGCCUUAAAUUAUGUUUUUAUUAAGAAAAAUGGAUAUAUUUCACUGGGAAAAAAUUUACAACUAUUUUUUAUUUUAAAAAAUGAUUCCUAGUUAAAAAAAAUACAAAUGACGAUUUAGAAAAUCCGUUUCGAUGGAAAAGUGGAGAAGUAAAGGAAAAACGAUUCAAAAAACGGAAAGUCUUUUACCACCAACACGACGUCAACAACAACAACAACAACAACAACAACAAGACGUCGAUUCCUCUCUAACUGAAAAGAGAAAAGAAAAACGAUGGACAAUUGGUGGUUUUCUAAAAAGAAUUUCCCACCGUGACGGCGAUGCUUCAUCAAGCAGUGAUACCUCAAGUCUCAAUGCGCCAAUAAUUCGACGAAAAAAAGCAAAAAAUCAAAUAAAAAAUAAAUCCUCACGUCGUGCCAUUCGCUCGUCAUUGCAGACGAAAAAAGAUCUCGAUUUCACUUAUUCCAGUGGCAAAUCACUUGAAAUAAAUCCCUUUAUUUUCCCCAUUGUCGAAUCAUUACCACAGGAGUUAAUCUAUUCACGUAGCAGUGAAGGUUCAAUCGAUGGUUCAACAAAAAAAAUACGCAAGGACAAAAUAAAAGCCCGAAUCGAAGCGAAACGGGACAAACUCUGCACAAAUAGUAGUACAGACGAGAGUUCAAAUGAAUCAAAAUUACAAAAUGGUUACAAGAAUGAUGUUUGUCUACGCAGAAGACGUAACGCAAGAGCCGAACGUCUAAUGAAAAGUUUAUGUCGAAACGAUACUGGAACUAAAACACAAAAUACAAACUCAAUAAAUGAACAUCGAUCAUCAUCCAAUGAUUAUCAGUUGAAAAUUCAAGAAACCGAAAAUCCCCUCGUGAAACAAACUCUACAGUAUUUUUCCGAUUUCGAUAGGAGGAAUGUUAGCAAAAAUUACGAGAGGGAGAAAAGGAGAAUUGACAAUUCUCGUCGCAGGCAAACACAACAAAUAUUUCCAGUCACUUCCGAAAACUGUGAUGUACAAGAUAAGAAAUCAAAAUCUCAGGAGGAUAUUUACCUCAACUAUCAAGUUAAACCCACCCCCGAGAUUCCAUUUUACGCGUCUUCCCUCGAUAGUAGUUAUUACAAGAGUCCAAGAAUUCAAAAUAAACCAUGUAGUCAGAGUUCUUAUACAUCAAGUCCUUAUGGAGAAAAUCCGAUUAAUUACAAUAGAGAAUAUCUGGUAAAUUAUAAUAAAGAAAGUCCGGUAAAUUAUAGACAGAGUCCGAUAAAUUAUAAUGAGAGUCCGAUAAAUUAUACAGAGAGUCCGAUAAAUUAUAGAGAGAGUCCAAUGAACUACAGAGAAAAUGCGACAAGUUACAGAGAGCAUCCAACCGAUUACAAAAAUUCAUGGCGACAAAAUGAUCAAUUCGAGGAUACGGGAAUUUACUCAAGAAUACGAUCGCCAUCGCAACGAUCCGACAGUUCCCAUCGAUCGGUAAGAACUCGAGACUCCCCCUCCGACAGCCUCCGAAAAAUGACGCCUGAUUUUGAUAAACAACGUUCAAAAGAAACAUCUAAUUUAUCGAACAAUUUUACAAAUAUUUUGCGAAACGGGAGUAAAAAUGGUUCGAGAGAAAUACACGAGAAGAACGAUUCCGAGAGGAGGAGUUCGAAAAAUCUAGAAGAGGCGCUCUGUGAAUUGGAGGAGAUUUACAAUAGUCUUCAAUUGGGCGACGAGGAUCUCUUGGAACGAGCCGAGAAACGAAGUAUGGAAGAGUACAGCAACAAGAAACUAGAGAACGUCAACGAUUCGGAAGUGAAAAAUUCAUCGAAAACAGAAAACGAACCGAAUAUUAUCAAGGAUGACAUGGCUUUCAGAAGACUACGAUCAUCAAAUCGUCCCUCGUCCGAUGGUCACGCAAUUUUAUCGAACAUCAGUUAUCUCAUCACUUCGCCAAUUCCUUCACGUCGCGAUUUUUACUAUCCGGAAACGAGGCAAAAACACCGCAACAAGGAACCGGAUGUUACACUCGACGAUGUCGUGUUCAGGAAUCUACACCACGCGAAUAAUUCCCUGAAAGUCGUCGAACCACAACCGCCGUUUGGUAUUCCCCUUGGACCAAUAACAGGCGCCACUGAGAGCGAUUAUCUUCACUCGAAACCAACAAAGUCGCGCUCAAGACGCGAACCCGACAUUGUCACGGAUGAUCUCGCAUUUCGUAAUCUACGCAAAGACAGGAGUGGCGAUCAGAAGACGUCGAAUUUUGUCGCUAAGAAGAAGCGAGCCGUUCGUUCUUUAUCCGCCAAUCUUUACACUCUCUUCAGUGGUUCGAGUGCUCCGGACGCUGAAUGGGACUUCGAGACUAAUCUCGAUAUCAACGGAAAUCAAUCUGACGAAACGAAGAAUUUCGAAACCAAAUCCAAAGGUGGGAAUGCAGAAGUAAAAGGCGACAAAAGUGGAAAGUCAACACUCGAAAUUGUUCAAAUUCAAAGGAAAGUUAAAGUACCUUCUGCCGAUAAUGAAUCCAUACAAUUCCGAUCGUUUAACACCGAAACUGAUAAGCGCUUCCAAAAAUACAAAUCCGAAAUUUGCCAAAACUCACAAAGUGAAAUUGGUCUAGGUGUCGAAAAGGAUUUUCAAAACGAAUUCAAUCAAAGUCAAGCGGUAUUCGAUCGAAAGGACAAGGACGCUUCUGAAGUACAUCGAAAAGUGGACAAAAUCGAACGAGGGCAAAAAAUAGAAAGACCACUUCUCAAGAAUGUGGACGUUUUUGGAGAAUGCGCCAGAUCGAAAAGCGGCGAAUCAUCAAAGAUAAAUUCGGGAAAAAUUGAAAAUUUCCGAAGUAAAAUCCAAUGUAGUGGUAGUAAAAGUGAAGGUGAACCUAAACGAACAGAAAAUAAAAAUCGAGGCGAAAUUGAAGAAUCUUCCGCUGGUGGAAAUGGUGAAAAGUCCUUUGCAAUUGGAGGUGAUUUGUCUUCGAAUGGAAUGGAAAAGGAGUCUAAUGGAAUUGGUGGGAAAGUAAACGAAAAACCCCCACCGGAAAUUCUGUAUCAAUCUAAACUUCGUGAUUUGCCUCUCAGUGGAAGAGAAAUUACUUCUGGAGAUAAAGAAACCACCGGUGGAAUUCAAAACAAAAUUGUCGAUUCGAGUGAAGUUGGCGGAAAAUUCUCACCGGAAAUUCAGUACGAAUACGACUUUCCUGCGAAGAUGAAAGAAACUACGUCCAAUCGAAUUGAAAUCGUUGAUAAAAUUGUAGAUCCAAGGGAACCAAGAGAUGCAAAGGAACCAAAGGAAUCAAGGGAACCAAGUGAUCCAAGAGAGCCAAGGGAACCAAGAGAACUGAGGGAACUAGGAGAACUAAGGGAACCAAGAGAAAUAAUUGAACCAAGGGAUUCGAAAAAUUCACGGCUAGUCGAAAAGCCCUCAACAGAAAUAAAAGAUUCCUUCCAUAAUUUGUCUUCCAUUAAAAAAGAAACCACACCCAAUCAAGUUGAAGUCGAGGAAAAAAUCAAAAGUCGAGGAGACAGCAAACAAACCGAUCUUCCGACCCCAGAGUUACGAGAUGAAGACGAAACGACAAAGGACCUUGGACCCUUCACCGAGCACGAGAUAUCAAUUUACAGACAACUGUGCCAGGAACUGGAAAACUUGGUCGACUCAACAAAGACUUUCGAUGAAUCAUCAAACGACAAUCAACCCCAAGAUUCCAGUGAAACUGUGAAAUUUUCCAAAACAUCGCAACAAACGGAGAAUUUAACAACCGAUGAAAUCGACGAAAUUGGCAAUGAAAUAACCUGUCUACGUGAGAAAUUGACGAAUUACAUGACGAGUACCAAAGAAAUGGAUCGGGGAAAUGGAAAAAUAAUCACUGAUCACAAGAGGCAAGAAUCAAAAAUCAAUAGUAAUGAUAAAAUUGACGAUAAUAAUUUAUUUAUGAAAUUAAAUAAUUCUCAAAUUGAUGAAAAGCCACAUUGUUCGAGGAAAAUAUUUAAAGCAAGGGACGCAAAUUCGUCGACGUGUGAAGGUGAGAAAAAGAGUUGUAAAGAGGCUAGUAAUGUGUGUAACGCUGAAUUAUUGUUACUAACUGUGAAAAAUGUUUGUUAUGUUACUAAUCAAAUGAAGGCUCAUUUCUUUUUAUUGCUCGCAUUAUUUUUUGUGCUAUUAAUUGCGAUUACUACGAUGUAAGUUUGCGUGAAAAUGCAGGAAAGUUGAUGGCUCGAGUUGUUUCGAAGGUAUUUUGAAAAAUUAUUCAAGUUCUUGAAAUUAUUUUGCCGAUUUUUAGUUUUAAAGUUCUUUUCUUUUGUCAAGGAGGAAAGUAACAAUUUUGGGAGUUUCUAUAAUUUUCUGCAAUAAUAGUAGACAGUCACUUAUUUAAAAAUUUCUUCAACUAAUUUGCUAAUUUUUAUUAUUAUUUAGGAUUAUUUUUCCAUUAUUAAAUUUUUUAUUUUAUUACUUUUUAAA